CCGUUUUCUAAUCACCUGCUGCAGUGAACGUUACUCAGCGGUGCUUUCUGAUUGGUCAGCGUGCUCACUUUCAAACUCCUCCCCCUACUGCCACCGCAACUCGGCGGAGUCAGCACACAACCAGCCAGCGGCAAGUUUUCGGGCAAAUUAGCAAAGUAAGGCUCAGCAAAGCCCGACAAUGAGUCAGUUUAAAGAGCGCUUUGUCACCCUGCUCCAUGAGAAGAACUUUGUGACUGAUCAGUUGGCGACGUUGGAAGAAAAAACGGGAGUGAAGAGAGAGUAUCUCGCCUUGGGUUUUCUGAGCUUCCUCGGGCUGUAUCUCCUGUUUGGAUAUGGCGCCUCUCUGCUCUGCAACCUCAUUGGCUUCGCCUAUCCAGCAUAUUUCUCCAUUAAGGCCAUUGAGAGCAAUGAUAAGAAGGAUGACACACAGUGGCUCACCUACUGGGUGGUUUAUGGACUCUUCAGCAUCGUCGAGGCCUUUUCUGACAUCUUCCUCUUCUGGUUCCCGUUUUACUAUGCUGGCAAGUGUUUGUUCCUGGUGUGGUGUAUGGCUCCGGUGACGUGGAACGGCUCUGAAAUAUUGUACAGCCGUGUGAUCCGGCCAUUUUUCUUGAAACACCAGGCAACCAUGGACAAUGUUGUCAGCGAUCUGACUUCCAAGGCUAAGAACAUAACUGAGACCGUCACAAAGGAGGGUGAGACACCUACACUACACAUCUGUUAACCGGGCCCUCAACCACGACAAGGACCAGUGAGAGACAUGACAAGGCUUUGUGUAUGUGUGUGUGAGUGCCUGUUCAUGAGUUUACAUUCUUGAAUGAGUUGCUGAAUGUGCACGUGUGUGUGUGUGUGUCGCUGCUUUUAGUUUGUCCUCCCUCCUUACUUGACCGUCAGCCCUCCCAUCAUUUCAUGAACUGAAGCUUCACACUCCAGAAAAUAACUAAAAGCUUGUUUGUGCAUUCACAUCAGGUUACUGCCAUCGGUACUGCCAAGACAAUCUGUGAAACUGUGAUCUAAUUUUCUUUGCUGUAGUGUGACAAAAUAAGUGGAAAGAAAUACUUUGAGGGCAAAGAUUCUGAUUGCUCACCUGCAGGUUUCGGUAAUGCUGGCGGCAGAGUCAGUAUUACAUUUGUGACUCAAAAUUGUUGAUGAUGACGUAUCUUCUUGCUCUUGCGUAUGCUCAGCAGCAGUUAGAAUCUGUCUGGGGUACUGGGAAGGUUCUCAAUCGAAACUGGAUGACUUCUGUCUUUUGAUAUGUCUUAUUUUGUCAUUUCCUAAUGAUGAAACAAUAAAACUGGAUCUCUAAUGAACUGGAAAA